UGAUGAUAGGCGGAAAUUAGAAAUGAUAAAAUGGUGGACUGGUGUGCAGCGAUCCGUCUCAUUGUUGCUUGCUCAACGGCGAUUCAAAGUGCCGGGGAGGGCACUGACGCUGAGCUGGAGACGCUGCUGGAAUUUCUGGGUCAUGAGGAUGUCCUGGUGGCGUAUGCUGCGAAGGAGGAGCUUCGAAAGGUCCUUAUUCGCGGUAGAAUCGUGACUGUCAACAUAAUUGUCAAAGUUCUUUGUGCGCCGUUGCCUACUGCUUGGAAAAGAGAGGUCAGUGGAUUUCGGUUCCAAUUACUGCGGCAGUUCGUUAAGAUGAGGGAUAGUGGAGAGUCCGAGAUAGAUGACAGUGAAGAUAGGGGCAAUGAGGAGGAGGACAACCCAGCGGAGAACUCGUAUGUGCAGGAACUUCUGAAGAAUUUGCAGCAGAUGGAGACUGUGGUGCGCAGCGUGUUCAUACCUGCAGGAUGUCAGACGAUGACUGCACCUCACUCGGUUCAGUGCGAGGCUUUAGUGUUUAUGAGCGAUUUUGUGAAACGACUUCAUGAUUUGGAUAUUGCGGGGCGUUCUCAAUUGGAACUGAUUGAGCUCAUGAUGACGCUCAUGAACGAUGUCUUUGUGACGAUGAACUACAGUUCACAACCGACGUUUGUAUCGUGCGCAGUCCUGGGCCUUCUGGGUGAUUUUCAGGAGCUGAUGAAGUCUUGGAAUCAUCACACACGCGCUGAUGGAGAGAAUAAUCCGGAAGUUGUAUAUUCAAAGUGGCUUGAGUGGUGUUUGGUAUGGCUGUUACAGUCAUCGUGCACAUCUACGGCAUUGCAGUUUCUUAACGACGAGGAAUCUUUAAACACGGCAAGCCACGAAGCAUUCGUUGCGAAGACAAGUCCAUACCCAUUUCUCCAGCAGUGGUUGCUCUACUUAAGUCGAAUGGGAGUUGCCUUUAUAGAGAUUUCACUUACUCAAAAAGUGAGUUCGGACUGGGAAAUGCUCCAAGUGCCGGGUCAGACUGCAGUAUCGUGGACGCAACAGAAGGUGCCAAGUCGUCAACAGCUUUUUAUGGUACUUGCUGAGCAAGACGAUAUGAUGGUCGAAGUGCUGAAUGGUCUCACACGGAUGGCUGUGCUUGUGGAUGGCACCGACAGUAUCCUUACUUCAUUGUUCUCGUCAUUUAUCGAGCAUAUGACUACCGAGUAUGACCCGGACUUACUGUUUGCCGAUUUGGUGGACACUCUUGGACAGGAUCAUUUGGUACUUCUAGACCUUCUCAUUUCAAACGGUAAGUCGUGAGUUGCUAUGUACCGCUGAGUUCUUACCCGUGUUCCUGUUGCAGAAACACAAAUGCUGGAGUACUUGAUGCGAUAUUUGCGGCGUCUUAGCACUCAUUGGAACACCAGCCAGCGAAAGCUGCAGACCGAACAGAGACUUGAAGGCGUGAUGAGCGUACUCAUCCGAUUGCGCCUGGAAAUCGAUCGACUUGUGGCUGCAGACCUUUUCCCUUACAGUGCAGGACCACUGACAAGGCGAUUGCUGGCUGUCGAACAACUCUACGAAGAAUCGGAUGAUGAGGAUGCAGAGCAAUUAUAAAUUAUUUGUUGUUAGAGAAUUUCUGCGCGGCUUCGCCAAAGCUCAGCAUGUGACGAGUUUACAUGCAACAAAUGCAAAAAAUACUGGAAACGGACGAUAAUAGAGCAAUGCACACAGCGGGUGCAGGAGCCGUACGAAAGUAGCCCUCAGGCAAACCUGGAACGAAAUACCGACUUAGUGUGCCGAGUCUUCAAUCCGAAUACCGUGCGAGCGGCGAUUGAGCUUGGCUUCCAGUUGGUCCUCCAUGUAGUGGAAUUGCUGGACCAUCGAAGGCAGCAGAGGCUCUGCGAUGAUAUUAAGCCAAUCACAAUCACGUGAGUGCGCCAGAUACUUCAUCCAGCAAUGCACCGUAUCCGAAAACCUACCGAGCUCUUGCUUUUGGCUGCGCAAGAUUGCCGAGUUCACCUCGUCCGCCACACGGCGACGUUGAGCCUGCUCCAGUAGAUGGCCAAGUGGCGACUCCGACGGGUUUUUGAACGCG